AUGGGGGAGAGCACGUGCUUGAAGACUACAGUCAAGUUUACCCGCGCCAUGGUGGAGGUGUUUGGACCUGAGUAUCUCAGAGAACCAAAUGUGCAGGGCACGAAGAAGUUGUUGGCUAUUGGACAGGCAAGGGGUUUCCAGGAAUGCUCAGAUCAAUUGAUUGCAUGCAUUGGCAAUGGAAGAACUGCCCCAAAGGUUCUCACAACGACAUCAAUGUGCUUCAACGAUCUCCGGCGUUCAGGUGGUUGCAAUGGGGAAUCACCGCCAUGCAACUACACCGUCAACGGCCGAGACUACAACAUGGGAUACUAUCUUGCUGAUGGUAUCUAUCCUCAGUGGGCGGCGUUUGUGAAGACCAUAUCCGAGCCGCGUGGCAAGAAACAGAGCCACUUUGCAACAAUGCAGGAAGCGGCUAGGAAGGAUGUGGAGAGGGCAUUAGGUGUGCUUCAAGCACGUUGGGAAAUUAUGCGGAGUGCUGCAAUGAUGUGGGAAUCAGAAACUUUGUGA